AUGUUGACCUUUGAAGUUUGGAGACGUCGGAUCGGAGAUGUGAAAAUGAAGGAAUGGCGGUCGGAUUGGCACACGCCGCUGUCCACUCUCGAUUGCGCAAUAUGCAAAUGGCCUGAGGCAGCGUCAGAGCGCCGCCGAGUGACCGGCGAGAGAAAGAGCACGCAGAGCGGACGAGACAGACAGCUCGCGUGAGGAGGACCAAGAGAUGCGUCUAGGGGCACGACAGCCGACUGGCAGCUCGCCAGCCAGCUCUACCAAUUAGUCGCCGUAGGGCCGGCCAGAGGCCGUUCGGCAGGCGGCAGAGCGAAAAAGCUCGGAGGACCGCUCAAAUUCCAUGCAACUUUCACACAUGCUUGA